AAAAAAUGUUGAAAGAUUUCGAAAAUUAUUUUGAAAAUACUAUUAAUUUAUUUGAUGAAUUUCAAUGGUUGUUUAAAUAUCCAGUUACUAAAAUCCUCGUUGAAAAUUUUUUAAACAAAUUUCCGGAUGAUUGGUUACAAGUUUUGCGACAACUAACGACAGAGGAGUUAAAUGAUCUUGUUAAUGGUAAAUUUGUAAAUGAAAAUUGGCCACCAUCACUUGUGUCAUUUGUUAAUAAAUGUAAUAUAAUUAAUAAAUUACCACAUCCACCUACACUUCCGCCUAAAUUAUCUGAACAACUUCCGAAUGCAUUUAAAACUGGACUGAGUCAAAAAAAACAGUAUGAAAUUUUGAAUCUGGCUAAAUUGAUUAACGACAAGUGCUUGGAAUAUAAUAUACAGACAAUUGUUGACUUUGGAUCAGGUUUAGGGUAUAUUGGUCAGCUAUUAAAUUAUUUAUAUGACUACAAAGUGAUUGGAUUAGAAUCAAAUUUAAAUAACGUGAAAAUCGCUGAAAAACGUCAGCACUCAUUAUAUCCAGAAUCAAUAGAAAAAGUUAAAUUUGUAAAUAUAAAAAUAACAACAAAUGAUUCUGAUGAAGAAAUAAAAAACAAAAUAAAACUUUUGACAAACGACGAGGAAUUCUGUCUUAUUGGUUUACAUGCAUGCGCUGAUUUGAGUGUAACUGCAUGUAAAUUAUUUUCAAAAAUAGAAAUGGCAAAAUUAUUGAUAAUUGUCUCUUGUUGUUAUCAUAAAUUGGAAGUUAAUGAUUAUAAUAAAUUUAUAAAUUUUCCAGUAUCACAGACACUGAAAAAUGUUAUAAAUAAUAGUAAUAAUAAUUGUAAUUAUAAAGAAAUUUUACAUAGGCCUUUUUUAAGACUUGCAUGUCAAGAACCAGCAAAUCGAUGGGAUAAAAUGUCGAAAGAUUUACAUGACAAACAUGCGUUUUGUGUUUUAUCACGAGCAGUUAUUGAACUGUUUACUUAUGAAAAUAAUAUAACUCUUACUAAAUGUGUAAGGAAAGCGACAAGAAAAUCUCAAUGUAAAAACUUUGAAACUUAUUUACAAGAUACCAUAGAGCGGUAUUAUUUCAAUGGAAAUUCAAUAUCGAAUGACGGUGAUAACAAAAAAUUUAUGGAAACCAUAAUGAAAUUAUGGGAAUCGCAUGAGGAUAAAAUGAAUGAUGUAGAAAUUUAUACUGGAUUACAAUUAUUGUUACAAGCACCAGCGGAAUCGUUAGUUUUAUAUGACCGAUAUUGUUGGUUAAUUGAAAAUAAUUAUUCAUCCGAAAUAGUUGCUGUUUUAAGUAAUGUUAUUUCGCCAAGAUGUUAUGCGACUGUUGGAAUUAAAAAAUAACAUUUAU